AUGCUGAUUUUUGUGGCAUUAUUUUGUCUCACACAAAUACUGCGUGAAGACGCACUGGGAUCUCAGUCACUAGCAUCUGAAUUUCUUCGUACUGGUAUGUUACGAUAUGUUCUGGAAUCAGUGGCAGAUGUUACUUUAAGUGGAUCCGAGAUUAAUGAUAUUCGUUCUUUGGAACAUUGCAAUAUUGUAUUGACUUUAUUUAUUCGGUUGGGACUUACUAGUUGCGGUUGGAAUGGUCUACAUGAUGUUAACGCUUUGCAAGUAUUAGCGAGCAUCCCUCUAUGGUCAAAUCCACCGAAAGAUUUGUUUCUUGCAUCUAAUUUUGACCUGAAAGCGCGCACCAUUCCGUCACUGUACAUGAAUUGUGUUGCAAACGUAGUGUAUCUUUGUAUUGCAUUAUGUUCGAAUUCACACUGGAAAAGAGUCUCAAUCGAGGUUCUUGGACUGUUAUCAUGUAGUGCAGACGUGCUGAACCAUUUGAUGCGAACUAAUAAGCAAAAUUUAUUUCUCGUGAAAUGUAGCAUUCUUAUUGCACAUAUUCAUCAUUUUGAUACCUCAGCUCGGCCAUUUAUUGAGAAAUCAAGCUGCUUAAAUGCUUUAAGGAAGUUGUCCGGUAAUAUGUCAUCAUCUUCUCCAGCUAUUUGGGAUUGUCUUUGUGCUAAGGAAAAUGAAGAUGAUAAGAUUCAGGGAGUGGUCGAAAUUUUAGAUAGUUAUGAAAUCAGUGGACAUCUAAAUUUCUCGUGCCUUUAUGUAUUGUUCACUCUUUAUGUUGGAAGCGAAUAA